AUGGGUUCGGAUCUGCGUUUAAGCCUGUACCUUAUCAAACCCAUCCUAACAUUUCAUUCUUCUUCUUCUUCUUCUUCUUCUUCUUCUUCUCUCGUCCACUCCCCAGCCCUGAAAUUUCUUCAAUUCGUUUAUGCUGGUGCUCCGCGUGAAGGCUUGCAAGAGCUAGAUGAAUUGGAGAAAUAUAAGUUGCACGAGGAAGUUUGGGAUUCACCCAAAAGAAAAAGAGAAAGUCCCCUUGUCAAAUUAGCUUCACCAUCUGCCGGUUCAUCAUCAAAUAGGCCCAAGUUAGAGGAUUUAGUUCAAGCUUCUUAUGCUCAACCAUCACCAGCGAGCAUCCAACUUGUGAAAGAUUACAUUGAAUCUCGCCGGUUCAUGAAAGCACUAGAGCAUAUCGUAGCUAUAGAAUCCAAGUUUCCAUCUUCUGCACUCAUUCAGGGUCUGAAGGCACUUGUGUUUGCGACAAUUGGCGGUGUUAAUGGAUUAGUAUCUCUUUUAUCUAAGGUCAAGGGAAAGGACAAGCACACCUUUUUUGAUAACUCAACUUUGCCAGAUGUGGCGGCAACAUUUGAGGCUGUUUGGUUACAUCUUGGUGACUUGGACGAAGCGACUCGUUAUAUUUAUGAACUUACUCUUGUGGAAGGGCAUAACCAUGUCGGCUCGUUGAGGAAAUUGUUUAAUUGUUAUUCUCGCAACUCGUUAUUUGCAGAACAACUUGAGGUUUCCCUCAAAAUGUAUAAGCUUGUUCGGGAGGACAAGUUUCUGUUCUGGGCUGUUUUUUGCAUUCAGUUACAGGUGCUUCAUCUUUUGAUCAAGAGGCACCAGUGUGAUGAUAUAUUUUAUGAAGCAGAACCCUUUCUGGUAUGCAUGUCUAUAACGGAGCAGCAAGAACUACACGACCCUGUUCGUGAGAUUCUUUGCAAGUUAGGCCCGACACUUCUAGUUGUCAAACCUGAUAAACGGUAUCCAAAGGGAGGGAGGCUUCUUGCUCAUGUCUGUGACUAUGCUGCUGCUGUUAAGGUCCUUAGAAAAAAAAUAGAGUCAUGUGACCCAGUUGAUUGGGAAUGUUUACUAAGUGAUCUUGAUAGUUUGCCAGAAAAUUAUAGCGGAUGGUGUGGUGAGGCAGUUGACAAUAAAAUUCACCCAUUGACAUAUCUGGCUUGCAAGAUAUCUCAGUUGCCCAAUGAAACACAAUGUGGUUCAAAAAUCUUGGAGGCAUUAAAAUCGUCGAACCUGGAGAACGGCAAAAGCAGAUGUCUUCUUGACGGAAAGGACAAUGAUGUUUUUGAGGAGGCAGUCUAUGAGUUCUUCACUAGAGUUGAUCUCACGACUCAAAAGCCCUUCCAGAUCUUGUCCAAGGAUGAAGAAUAUUGGUUGUUAGAAAAUCUUCUCAAGCCAGAUAUUUUAACCACAGAUUUGUUGAAAGAAAAGUUUAGUAAGCUAUGCACUUUCUCUAGAAUUCCAAAACAUUUCGGGGCCUUUUAUGUGGGAGAUAAAUCUGCAGUGCAUGGGACGGGGAUUGUCAUAAAAACUAGUAAAUUUAUCAUACUAGCUGGUGAUGGAGAACUUACUUCAGCCUACUCUGACAAAGCGUUGUUUUCUAGAAGUGACAAGAUUAGGCAGUUUGAUGAUCUCUGUAUUGGGGUAACUGGAGUUUGGAAGAGUUUGAGUAAAACCAUCAGCGUUUCGCGUAAAUGUAUGAGACGGUUGAAGAAAAAUGGUAAAGGAAGGCCAACAGUCAAAAAGUUCGCAAAGCAUAUCGCAAAGAAAUCUCGCAUUUUGAACGAAGCAUUUGAGGUUAUUAUUUGCGCAUUCGAUGAGGUAGAGGUCGGGCAAUCUCCUGUUGCAUCCGUUUCAUGUGCUGGAAAUUUCAGGCAUUGGGAUGUGAAAGAAUCUUUUUACUGUUCCGGACGUUGUAGUGAAUAUGCUGAACAUAUCUUAUCAGAAGGAAAAGUUGGUGAAGAUAUGGGGCUCGCAGAGGCUAUAUGUUGGGUUGAAAGAGCCUUGGUGUUUGUCGCCAUGUUUGAUAGUUGCACGGGUGGGCUUGCAAAUAUUACCGUGAUUGAUAGUUCCAAGAAUGUAAGAGUGAUGGCUCGAGAAUAUAUUCACACUACAUUGUGGGAAAAACAUCGCCAUUUCUUCGAAAACAGGAAAGCAUAAGUAGGUAGAGUCGCCGAAGAGGAGUGUAAGUUGGUAAUUUAGAUGUUGCUGAUGUUCUGAUCAUUGUAUGUAAUACUGGUGCUGAGACCUUUGUUUUUUGGUGGUUCCUUGUUGAGUUUACAACGCUUCAUGGUUCCCUUCUCCCUAGUUUUAUCAUCACUCUUUAACUAAGGACUUUUCUAAUUCUAUCAGAUCAUUUCUCAUCUGAUUUGCAGUGGACUUUAUAAUUCUGUUUU